AUGGGUGUCCCUCAUCAGGACGACUUGACUCUUGCACAAGGCGAGACUGGCAAUGUGAGCUUCCUGCUUGAGCAUCGAUGGACAAUCGCCAGCUUCAUGCUGUGUGUCAUGAUCCUCCUCACACGCAUAUCAAGCAGUCUCAACUCCAGAUCCAAAACAGCAGGCGAACAUGGCGCCGCAACAGUGCCAGCAGUGCCCUACUGGCUGCCAAUCCUCGGCCACAUCCCCAACAUGGCCUGGGACGCAGAUGGCUUCGUCAAGGGCCUCAGAGCUAUCUACGACUGCGGAAUUUUUUCCCUCAAUUUUGGUGGCACAAGGCACAAUAUCAUCUGCCACCCUGGUCUUGCUACGGCGGUCCUCAAUACGAAAGCGAGUAAUGCCAACAAUGAGUCUGUCAGCAAGCGCCUUAUGGACCUCGUCUUUGGAUUCCCAUCAAAUGAAUUGGAGAAGUACGAUGUUGCUUUUGAGGAACUUCAUGGACUGUAUAGAAUCAUUCAAGUUGAGCCUGGGCUUGGUAAGAUGGUUGAGCAGACAGCGCGGAAGACGAAAGAGAACAUCAACAAUCUUGUAACCUUCAUGGAAAGUCCUGUCGAUCAAAUGCCGUGGGAGAAGGUCAGUAAUAUCAACGUUGUCGAAUCACCAAACGGCGAGCGAGUCGUUGAAGCAAGUCUGCUGCCUCUGAUUCGAGAUUUCUGCGCCUUCACUGCCAACCCUUCAAUCAUGGGAUCAGACUUCUUGGAGAACAAUCCUCAAUUCUUUGACGACAUCUGGAUUCUAGAUCGAGGGUUCUUAUUACUCGCCACCGGCCUACCGCGCUGGGCACCGAUACCGACCUUGACGAGGGCACACAUUGCCCGCAGGAACAAUCUACGCCGUUUGGAGACGUUCCACGCGAUGAUGGAUAAGCAGUGGGAUGGCAAUAACGAUGACCCCAAAUGGUCCAGCCUGGACGAUGUCGGUGAUUUGAUUAAAGCUCGCAUGGAUAUAUACUGCAAGUACAAGCUCAGCAUUCGAGCGCGCGCUUCAAUCGAGCAUGCCCUGAUGUGGGCGGCCAAUGCCAAUUCGAAUUCCUUGGUCUUCUGGUUGGUCAAUCGGAUUUAUGAGGACAAGGCGCUGCUUGCGAUGAUCCGAGAGGAGAUCGCGCCGUAUGUCAAGGUGGAGCAAGUCGAAACCGGUCUACCGAUUAAGGAGCCGCCGCGUAUAACAUCGCUUGAUGUCGAAGGACUGUGCGACAAGUGUCCAUUACUGAAGAGCUGCUAUGUUGAGUGCCUCCGUCUUGAUACUGGUUCCUGGUCGUUCAAGUCGGUUAAAAGCGACUUUGUACUUCAAAGCCGGGAGAAAGAAGCACAGCCGUGGCUCCUGCGCAAGGGCGAAUACGUCCACGUUGCGCAUGACCUCCACAACACCGAUCCCAAUCACUUCGAGAACCCGGCAGUCUGGAAGGCUGAUAGGCACAUCAAGUAUGACGACAAGCGUGUUGGCACUGCGGACAUGGGUAGUAUUCGGCCGUAUGGAGGUGGCACGAGUAUGUGUAAAGGUCGUGCUUUCGCUCUGAAGGAGGUCAUGAUGUUCACGGCGGCCAUUGUCUCCAUGUGGGAUAUCGAAGCUGCUGGUGGUGGAACGUGGAAAAUGCCCAAGCAUGCCAAGGCCACUGGCGUCUACAGUACCCGCGAUGACACUCGUGUUUGGAUCAAAGCCAGGAAGAUGCCGGCGAGGGGAUGA